AUUAAACAAACUCUUCUAAUCUGAAUAUUUAAAUGCCUUUAAUCUAAUAUGAGAUAUCUUUUUAAAUAAAUAAUAGUUUUUGGAAAUGUAUAAGGCCAAAAUCAUUAGCACAAAUACCCUAAUUUUGGGGUGAGUUUUAAGCUUCAUAUAAACGUGUUUUAACUCGACCUCAUUUCACAUUUAUGCCCUUCAAUUUUAGGUCUGCACAGGAAGAUACUUAAACUUGUAUAAAACUGAACAUGUAGACACGUGAGUCCUAUAUAUGCGUCAUAAUACACGCAGGACAUAAAUUGUCAUGUAGGAUACCACAUAGGACGUGCGUGUCUAUUUGAUCAAAUUUAUAAAUCAAGUGUCUACUUGUGCGCAUUCAAAGUUGCAGGGCAUAACUGCAAGUAUGACAUAAUACAUAAAUAUGACUCUUAACUCGACUUCAGUUGACAACUAUGACCUUUUAACUUUAGGUGUGCACAAGUAGAUACUUAAACUUAUAUAAAGUUGAACAAGUAGACACAUUCGUCCUACAUGGCACCCUACAUGGAACUUUUGUGUCCUAUGUAGCGUUCUACGUGUAUUAUGUCAUGUAGGACAUGUGUGUCUGCUUGUUCAAUUUUAUACAAGUUUAAGUGCUUACUUAUGCACAGUCAAUGUUGGAGGUCAUAGUUGUCAACUGACGUCAAGUUAAGAGUCAUGUUUAUGUAUUAUGACACAAAAAUAUGUUGAUUAAAAUAUCAUUAAUUAUAAUCUAAUUUUGAUGGGAAUAACUUUAUAGAUAACGUUUGCCUUGUCGGACUUAUUGCCAAGGGUCUUUCUGAAACAACCAGUCUAUCUUUACGAGAUAGUGAUAAAAUCGAUCGACGUAAUUUCUUGUUUUUAAGACACAACUUGUGCUAUUGAACUUAUGCCUUUAGAGUAUAACUUGUGUCAUGCAACUUUGAAUUCUUGCCUUGCACUUAGUAGAGAAUAUAUACUUCUCUUUAUCAUUUACCUCAACUCUAUCAACUUUCUACUUUUAUGACUUUUUACUCUGUUGGAUUUUUGAAGCUUUAAAUACUCAAUUCCAUCAUAACAAUUAUCACACACUCAAACUACUGCUUCCAAUAUUAAUUUUUUACAUAGAGACUUUACCUUUUGCAAAAAAAAAAGUGUAAAUUUCCAUACAGCUAUCCCUCUUCUUUAUUUUUUUUUUCAAUCAAAAGUAGUAGUACUAUUCCUAAAGAUGACUGAUGCAUUUGUGUCAUUUGCAGUUCAAAAAUUGGGUGAUUUCCUGAUACAACAAGUUUCGCUGCGUAAAAAUCUGAGGAAGGAAGUUGACUCGCUGAGAAAUGAGCUACUCUUCAUGCAGUCUUUCAUCAGAGAGGCAGAACAAAAGCAAAGUGGUGAUCAAAGAGUUCAACAAUGGGUGUUUGAGAUCAACUCUAUUGCUAAUGACGCUGUUGCUAUACUCGAGAGUUUCAGCUUCGAGGCUGGUAAAGGUGAUGAUGAUAGAUUUGUUAGUCGUCUCAAGGCUUGCGCUUGCAUAUGUAGGAAGGAGAAGAAAUUAUACAAUGUAGCUGAGGAGAUCCAAUCACUGAAGCAACGAAUCAUGGAUAUCUCUCGCAAACGAGAGACUUAUGGUAUUAUAAAUAUCGAUAGUACUAACGCAGGAGAAGGACCGAGUAAUCAGGUUAGAACGAUGAGGAGAACUACCUCAUAUGUGGAUGAGCAGGAUAACAUUUUUGUUGGACUUCAGGAUGUUGUAGAAAAAUUGCUAGCUCAACUUCUCAAAGCAGAGCCACGUAGAAGUGUCAUCUCCAUUCAUGGCAUGGGCGGAUUAGGGAAGACCACUCUUGCAAGAAACCUAUACAACAGUCCUAAUAUAGUCUCAAGCUUCCCUACACGCGCUUGGAUAUGUGUUUCUCAAGAGUACAACACAAUGGAUCUUCUUAAGAAUAUCAUAAAAUCCAUCCAAGGUCGCACUAAGGGAACUCUAGAUUUCUUGGAAAGGAUGACAGAAAGCGAUCUAGAAAUUUACCUUCGUGAUCUAUUGAAAGAAGGCAAAUACCUUGUAGUGGUUGAUGAUGUAUGGCAGAGAGAAGCAUGGGAGAGUUUGAAAAGAGCAUUCCCAGAUAGCAAGAAGGGCAGCAGAGUUAUUAUUACCACGCGGAAACAUGAUGUUGCGGAAAGAGCUGACAACAGAGGUUUUGUCCAUAACCUUCGUUUCCUAAGCCAAAAAGAAAGUUGGGACCUCUUUUGUAGGAAACAACUUGAUGUUCGGGCAAUGGUUCCAGAAAUGGUAAGGAUAGCUAAAGAUAUGGUGGAAAAGUGUAGAGGCUUACCUCUUGCAAUCGUUGUAUUGAGCGGACUACUUUCACAUAAAAGGGGGCUAGACCAAUGGCAAAAAGUGAAAGAUCACUUUUGGCAGAACAUUCAAGAUGACUCCAUUCAAAUCUCCUACAUACUAUCAUUGAGCUACAACGAUUUGUCAGCUACACUCAAGCAGUGUUUUCUAUACUUUGGUGUUUUCCCAGAAGAUCAAGAGGUCGACGCUGAAAAGAUAAUACUGUUGUGGAUGGCCGAGGGUCUCAUACCAAAUGGAGAAGAAAGAAUGGAGGAUGUCGCUGAAGGAUUCUUGAAUGAGCUGAUAAGACGAAGUUUGAUACAAGAGGUACGUUCCUUUUGGGAAAAGGUUACUGUCUGUAAGGUUCAUGAUUUACUUCGUGAUCUUGCCGUACAAAAGGCUUUCGAUAUAAAAUUCUUUGACAUUUAUGAUCCAAAAAAGCACUCCAUAUCCUCCUUAUGCAUCAGACAUGUCAUUCAUGGUCAAGGAGAAAGGUACCUCUCACUUGAUCUUUCUCACUUGAAGUUGAGGUCAAUUAUGUUCUUCGAUCCAGAUUUUCGUAACAUGCAUCUUACAAACUUCAGUAGUGUGUUCCGACAUAUAUAUGUGUUGUACUUGGAUAUUGGAGGUUAUGUUAUGACUGAUGUCAUCGGAAGUUUGUACUACCUCAAGUUGUUAAGCUUGAGAGGUGUCUGUAAUAUUCCCUCCUCCAUUAGCAACCUCAAGAAUUUAAAGACACUUCUUGUCGAUGACCAUGGAGGGUUUAGCCGUCUACCCCAAAAGACAGUUGACCUAAUAAAUCUAAGACAUUUAGUUGCUCCAUAUUCAGAGCCUCUGAAAUGUAUAAACAAACUCACGAGUCUUCAAGUUCUUAAAGGCAUUCGUUGUGAUCAGUGGAAAGAUGUUGACCCUGUUGAUUUAGUCAAUCUUCGAGAACUAAGCAUGCAUGAUAUUACCGAAUCUUACUCCCUAUACAACAUUAGCAGCUUGAAAAACCUUAGCACUCUCAGAUUAUUGUGUUAUGCUGAUGAAUCAUUCCCAUCUCUUGAAUUUGUCAAUUCUUGUCAAAAGCUCCAGAAAUUGAGGUUAAGAGGGAAAAUAAAGAAACUUCCUCUGUUUCCAAGUUCCAUCACAAUGAUGGUUCUUUGGAAGUCAAAACUCAGGGAAGAUCCGAUGCCUAUUUUGGGAAUGUUGCCAAACCUAAGGAAUCUCGAAUUAGAAGAAGCUUAUGAAGGAAAAGAAAUAACGUGCAGUGAUAACAACUUCAGUCAACUUGAGUUCCUCCGUCUUCAUCGUCUUGAGAUGCUAGAAACAUGGCAUUUAGCCCCAAGUGCCAUGCCUCAUAUUAAAGGUCUUGACAUCAAAUACUGUCCACAUCUAUAUCAUAUACCCAAGAGAAUGCAAGAUGUGGGGAUAACUCCUUUUUACACUUGUUCCGUAAUCGUAGAGUAUUUUCGCAGAUGAAAAGAGCAUUCCUGGAUAGCAAGAACGGAAGCAGAGUAAUUAUUACCACUCGCAAAGAGAAUGUCGCUGAAAGAGCAGACAACAAAGGUUUUGUCCAUAGACUUCGUUUCCUGAGCCAAGAAGAAAGUUGGGACCUCUUUUGUAGGAAACUACUUGAUGUUCGAGCAAUGGUUCCAGCGAUGGAAAGGUUAGCUAGAGAUAUGGUGGACAAGUGUGGAGGCUUACCUCUUGCAAUUGUUAUAUUGAGUGGACUACUUUUGCACAAAAGGCGUCUAGAUGAAUGGCAAAAGGUGAAAAACCACCUUUGGAAGAACAUUAAAGAUGACUCUAUUGAAAUCUCCUACAUACUAUCAUUAAGCUACAGCGAUUUGUCAACUGCACUCGAGCAGUGUUUUCUCUACUUUGGUAUUUUUCCAGAAGAUCAAGAGCUCAAGGCUGAAAACACAAUAUGGUUGUGGAUGGCUGAGGGUUUCAUACCAAGAGGAGAAGAAAGAAUGGAGGAUGUC